AUGGCGCGCUGGCUGUCAGUGGAAUUCGCAGUGUGGUACCUGGUCAUCGCCUGGGCCUUCUUGGUGAAGCUGCCUUUCGCAGCAUCGGAGUUGGCUGCCAUCUGUGCGGAGGACACGAGGUGCAGCUUCUUCCUUCACAAGACUCGGCUUUGGCCGCAGCAGCAGAUUGACCUCUCAGACAUUCAGUGGCGUGAGUUCCGCAAGUCUCUGCCGUUGUUGACCUUGGCCGCCGGACUGCACGUGGCUGUUCGAGCUACCCUCGGCAGAAGGAGGGUAUGGCCUUGCUUGAUGCUCUCCUGCUUCUUUGUGCUGUACGUGCAUGGUGGUCACACGCUGGUGCUUGCAACUCUUGCCUGCGGAUCCUUCGGCAUCGCCAAAGCCUGCGGCGCCUCGAGCUGCGCGCCGGUCGCUGCCUGGGCUUUCGGACUUCUUCUGCUGGGGAUCAAGGCCUUGGAGGUGCCAGUUCCUGUCUUGGAUCCGUGGCUGCGUGGCCUUCCGACCGCCUACGACUGGCAUCAGUCCCUGCACUUCCUCAGCCUCAAGCUCAUCUCUUUCAACCUGGAUUACUUCUGGGCCCUGCAGGAGCCGGAGCCAACCCAGGAUCCCGAGGCCCAGUGCCAGGGCGACGUGCUCUCAGAGCUGCAGAAGAGGGAGAAGUCUCGGCCCUUGCACGAGUACAGCAUCUUCAACCUGAUGACGUACUUCCUCUAUUCACCCCUUUGGCUGGCUGGGCCAACGACCACCUUCAAUUCCUUCAUGUCGCAUCUUCACGACAGGCCGCAACGGGCGAUGAGUGCCUGGCAGCUGCUGUUGUAUGCUCUUCGACUCGCGCUUUGCCUCGGCCUGCUGGAAGCACUGUUGUGCUGCACCCCUGUUUGGGCCAUCGGCCGCUCCUCCAGCUACCUGCAGCUGCAUGGGCGUGCUGAUCUCCUUGUGGCCUAUGCCAUGCUGCUGCUGAUUGUCAUGUGGUUGAAGUUUCUGUGCAUUUGGCGCUUUGCACGUCUUUGGGCCCUUUGUGACGGCAUCGACGUCCCGGAGAAUAUGCGGAGAUGUGUCUGCAACAACUACUCCCUGUCGGGCUUUUGGCGUGGAUGGCAUUCCAGCUUCAACCUCUGGCUCGUUCGCUACUUGUACAUUCCGCUGGGCGGUCGCAGGUGGCUUUGGGCCAAUGUCUGGGUUGUCUUUGGCUUCGUUGCGCUGUGGCAUGAUCUGGAAAUGAAGCUCUUCGCCUGGGGCUUCCUCAAUGCGGCCUUCAUGGUCCUUGAACACUUCGCUUCCAUGGCCUGGCGAAGCAAGGCAGCUGCCUUGCCAGCAGAGACCUCGAGGUGGCUCAAAGCAGCUGGAGGAGCACUCUACAUCUACGUGCUCUUCUUCGUGAAUCUGGUGGGCUAUGCCUUGGGCAUCACCGGAACUCUUGGGAUUGUGCAUCUUGCCUUUGGCGAUGCCCCGUCCACGGCACUUCCUCUGCUGAUGUGCACGGGCUUGCUGGCGCUCUCGAUGGUGCAGGUGAUGCUUGAGCUGCAGGAGUCCGGCUUCAGAGACGGACUUGGAAAGGUGACGUGA